GUCACGUCGCCGUGCGGGAGCUAUUGCGCUCCUGACGCCGCCAUGCGGCGGGGCGCGGGGCGAUGACGUAGAGCCCGCGCGGCGCGGCGGCCGGAGCCGCCUUCGUUCCCUUUUGUCCAAGAUGGCGGCGGCCGCCGGAGGCGUCUCCUGAGCCGCGGGCCCCGGCGCCAUGAAGCGGGGCAGCGAACGGGACUCCAGCCCGUCGGGGGCCGGGGGAGGCCGCGCCGCCGCCGCCAAGCGGCCCCGGGAGCGCGAGCGCGAGAGCAGCAGCCGGCGCGGCCCGCACCGGAGCUCGGGCGCCUCCCGCAGCAGCCGGGACAAGUCCACGCCCGGCAGCGGCGGCGGCGGCGGUGGCGGCGGCUCCAGCUCCCGCAGCCACCGCGGCGAUGAGCGCGCCGGCGGCGGCGGCGGCGACUCCAACCACCGCCCGGCGGGGAGCGGCUCGGCCUCGGGCGCCCGCGGCGGCAGCCAGGCCGCCCCCUCGUCGUCCUCCUCGUCGUCGUCGUCGUCCCGGGCGCUCGGCGUGCCCAAGGCCAAGGCCCUGCCGGGCGCCGUGGUGGCCCCCUCGCUGCUGCUGGCCGGGCCGCCGCCGGGCGCCGCGCCCUCGCUGCUGCUGGCGCCGCUGGGGGGCUCGGCGGGCCUGGCCGGGGAGCCGCCCGGCUCCUGUGAGUACAAGACGCUGCUGGUGAGCGGGCUGAGCGCGGCCCUGCCCGACCAGCUGCUAGAGGACGGCCUGUUCCGCCUCUUCCAGCGCUUCGCGGGGGGGGGCGCCGGGGACAUCAGUGUCAAACUCUCCCACACGCCCGAGCUCGGCCGCGUCGCCUACGUCAACUUCCGACACCCCGGGGACGCCCGUGACGCCCGCCGGCAUGCCCGGGCUCGGCAGCUGCUCCUCUACGAUCGGCCCCUCAAGGUGGAGCCGGUGUAUCUGCGCGGGGGCCGGAGGAGCCGCACGCCGCCCCCCGCGCCCUCCCCGGAGCCGCUGGGCUACCUGCCGCCUAUCCACAGCACCUACCAGUACAAACAGAGGUCGCUCUCUCCUGUCACCAGCCCCUUGCUGCGGGAGCCGCGGCCGAGACAUGCUCACGCUGCGGCCGCCGCCUUUGCUUUGGAAGCCGCUGCCAUUGGACUCUCCCGGGAGCGGGAGAGGGCUCUGGAUUACUACGGGCUGUACGACGAGCGCGGCCGACCCUACACUUACCCCAUCGUGGCUGAGGAAGACCUGAUGCCGGAGGACGACCAGAGAGCUACUCGGAACCUCUUCAUCGGCAACUUGGACCACAACGUCUCGGAGGUGGAGCUGAGACGCGCCUUUGAGAAGUACGGCAUCAUCGAAGAAGUGGUGAUCAAGCGCCCUGCCCGGGGCCAAGGUGGGGCUUACGCUUUCCUUAAGUUCCAAAACUUGGACAUGGCGCAUCGGGCCAAGGUCGCUAUGUCAGGCCGCGUGGUUGGCAGGAACCCUAUCAAAAUUGGCUACGGCAAAGCCAACCCUACUACCAGGCUGUGGGUGGGUGGUCUUGGUCCGAGUACUUCCUUGGCUGCCCUCGCUAGGGAGUUUGACCGCUUUGGCAGCAUCAGGACUAUUGACUAUGUGAAGGGAGACAGCUUUGCUUAUAUCCAGUACGAAAGCUUGGAUGCUGCCCAGGCUGCCUGUGCGCAGAUGAGGGGCUUUCCUUUGGGUGGACCGGAGAGGAGACUUCGAGUGGAUUUUGCCAAAGCCGAAGAGACGAGAUACCCGCAGCAGUACCAGCCCGCACCUCUGCCCGUGCACUACGAGCUGCUCGCUGAUGGGUACAGCAGACACCGAAGCCUAGAGCAAGACUUGAGGGUGCGCGAUAGGACUCCUCCACACCUCCUGUACUCGGACAGAGACAGGAGCUUUGCAGAGGCAGACUGGGCCAGCCCUGCCAAAAACGCUGAACGCCGAAACAACUUGGAAAGCUACAGCCGGUCGGUGCGUAGCCGGAGCGGAGAGCGCUGGGGCAGCGACAGCGAUCGCAACGUGCCCAAACCGUGGGAAGAAAGGCGGAAACGCCGGAGUCUUUCCAGCGAUCGUGGGAGGACUACUCACUCGCCUUACGAGGACAGAAGCAGGACAAAGGCCAGUGGGCCAGCUUUAGACCGCAGCCCCGACAGGGUUCGCAAAGAGAAUCACACUACAGAGUCUGGAGCUGAGAAGGAGCAGAGUAACUCCCUUCAGAACAAUCGUCACGCGACUGAGGAGAAACCCCAUCGCGAAGCAUCCGAUGCUCCCCAGCCUAAAAAAAGGGACAGCGAACGCAAUCAUCGAACUGGCGAAUCGGAAUCAAAAACUCACGAGGAGCCAAAAUCUGAGACCAAAAAGUUAAAGAAUUUAUCAGAAUAUGCCCAGACACUGCAGCUUGCUUGGAAUGGGCUGCUUGUGCUAAAAAACAGCUGCUUCCCUACGUCUAUGCACAUCCUGGAGGGAGACCUAGGCGUCAUCAACGGACUCCUUAAAGACCAUUCAUCCGGCGGGAAGCUAACGCAGCUCAAAAUUGCUCAGAGACUUCGGCUCGACCAGCCCAAGCUGGAUGAAGUGACUCGCCGUAUCAAACAAGGCAGCCCCAAUGGCUACGCUGUGCUACUGGCUACCCAAUCCGCCCCGGGAGGGGCAGGGGCUGAGGGGACCCUCCCUGUUGUAGAGCCUGGCUUGCAGCGACGGCUUCUCAGGAAUCUGGUCUCCUACUUGAAACAGAAGCAGGCUGCUGGGGUUAUCAGCCUGCCCGUGGGAGGGGCGAAGGGCAGAGACAGCACAGGCAUGCUUUAUGCAUUCCCUCCUUGUGAAUUCUCUCAGCAGUACCUCCAGUCAGCACUAAGGACAUUGGGGAAGUUAGAAGAAGAACAUAUGGUGAUAGUUAUAGUCAAAGACACUGCCUAGCCCACACUGUCUUUUCAAUUUCCAUGUUUUCUUUGUGUGUCACUCAACCCAGUUGUUUUUAAGGCCGAUCAUUUUGGUGGAGGCUCAAAACACCUCGGCCAAAAUGGUAAGAUUUUUAGUUCCUAAUUAAUUUUAAUACCAUUUAAAUAGAGCCCAUUUUAUUCGUUUUUAAUAUGUGACACUGUCCGCUGUGUUCUGUAUUUUUAUUUUUUAACUGUAUGAAAAGUUGUCAGUAAAGCCUUGUUCACUGAUGGAUUUCUAAACUUGUGCGGUAUCCUAGUUCUUACGGCCCAGUAAGGGCUGGUUCCCUGUGCUAUCGAGAGCUGAAAGGUGAUGGUGCCAACCCGUUUCAGUUUCUCAGACCCCGGCCUCCCACACCUCCUCAGUCUCCUGUGGCCUGCAAGGUGAGAGGGCGAGGGGGGGGCGGUUCUUCUUUAUCAUGUGUGAGAGACUGAAAGGUUGGUCCCGUAUUUUUUGUCCUGUUUGCUUUUUUAUUUUCACAAAUUAAGAGUCUCUAUGCAUUCCUAUUAGUUCUCUAUUUGAGGACAGAAGCUUCCAAGGAAGCCAGCUACCAAGGAAGCAAAUCCUGAUCAAGAACAGCAGUGGGUUUUGUACACCGUUGACAAAAAAAUUGUAGCUAAUCCUUGGAAGAAAAAAGUUCCCUACUGAGUAGUCAACUGUUUUCAUUUCUGUGUGGUUUGAGAGCACCCAGUGCAUGUCUCACUUAGACGGUUGUUCCUGGGUUAAAAAGAAAAAAAAAGAGGCUUGACAUUCCUGGUCUUUGUAAAGGAAAAAAAAAAUCAAGCAGGAGAAAAAAAAAUUGUAGGGAGAACCCUCUUGGGCCUGUAUUAGUUGUAGACAGGCAAAUAAAGGGCACAAACUUUUCUGUGAACUGUAGGUGCCCUUUGAAUAGUCGAUCGUGUUGCACUAUCUGCAAUCCUUUACUGAAAGAUGAACUGCAAAAAUCUUGUUGCUAAAGUUAAAACUUUGUUUGCAGGCUUAUAAAAAGAGAUAAAAAUGUCUGGCUGUCUGAAAAUAUGGUAUGUUAACACAAGUAACUUGCCUGUGACUGUAGAAAACCCUGAUGCUCUUACUGGAGAUCAAAAAUUGAAAUUUAAAAAUGGGAUGGUUCCUUCACCUUUGCUCUCUGUGGUAUUUUGUGAGCCGGUUGUUUAAGAGGGAAGCCAGGACAUUUGCACUCUGAGGUCUCAGUAACUUAAGGAUGUGGUAACGAUUUCAAAUUUGAGUUAAAAAUCCACACUGUUUAGUUUGGAGAUUUUCUUUUUUAAACAAUUCCUGUAGAUUUUUAGGAAGCUUACAGAAAAGUGUUUGGGAUUAAAAACACUAAAUUUUAAAGUUUCUUUAAAUUUGCAGGGGGGUUUUUUGUUUGUUUUGUUUUGGUGGCAAGUGAGUGGAAAAAAAAACAGCCUGUGAGAGCAAGAGUUUCUCUUGCACCGGUUUCUAUGACCGAGCAGCCUCACUCGCUGAAAGCUGCCAAAGGCCCUUUUAAACCUGUGCUCUCAGGUAUGAUUGGUAUCAACACCCGCAUAGCAGGGAGCGUAACUCAGUCUAAUGAUGCUUUGGUUCUUAUUUUUUUUAUUUUUUAACCCUGCAUUUUCACAGUAGGGACAUCAUCAGCUGAUGAUGUGUGAGCGGUUGCUUAAUUUAAUAAUGUAUUGAUAUCAACACGUAUGGGUUGUUUUUUUUUUUUUUUAAACAUUUAAUACUGUGAUUAUAUUAAAAGUAAAUCUAAUGCGUUAGUGUGAUCAUGGGGGGGGGGGGGGUUAGUGUUUCACUUGAUGAUGCAUCUUCUGUACCCCAGAAAAUGUAAUUCUGUCCGUAAGGGCCCGAGCACAGCGACAAGGCCACGGAGGGUUUUGUCCCCGGCGCGUGCACGCGGUGCGGUGCCUCGGGCCCCGGCUUGCCCGCUGCAAGCGGCAGGGCUGUUUCAGCGCAGCGCGCCGGGGAAGCUGCCUCGCGCCGCGCGAGCGGAGGUGCCCCGCGGCCGCUCCUAGCAGCCGGGCUCCGGCUCUGCUAGCGCUGCGCCGGGCAGCAGGGCCCUUCGCCACGCCAUGGCCGCAGGUCGUAGGGUAGCUGGCCUGCCCCGGUUUGAGCACGGUUACGGGGCGCUGACUUCGACCCUCGUGACCGAGUCCCCGAUGCUGUUGUAAUGUAGCCAGUGCCAAAUGUCAACGAUUGUAACCGUUAAGUGUUAUCUGAAACCAAGUGCUAUUAAAUACCCCUUAUGGCCAGA